GGUCAAAUCAUGGUCCAGGGAAGCUACAGUGAGCUGCAGUCCUCUGACCUCGAUAUGGUGUCCCUGCUGAGACGUGAUGAGGAGCAGGAGCAAUUGUCUCCAUUUGCUGACCCAGAAAAACUGUCUUUACAAAGUCGGUGGACAAAUGAUUCUCACAGUUCACACUGUUUCCUCAACUGCCCCCUUCCACCAGAAAGCACCUACACUGAGCAUCUUCCUGUUGAAGCUAUUCAAACUAUUGCAGAGGAGACACGAGCUGAAGGAAAUGUCAGCAGUCACAUUUAUUUUACAUACUUCACGGCAGGCUGUAGCCUUCUGGUUUUAAUGGUUAUAUUAUUUCUCAGUAUUCUAGCUGAGGUGGCAUAUAUCCUUCAGGACUGGUGGUUGGUAUACUGGGCAAGAGAUGAUUUUACAAACGGCACAAACAGCAGAGUCACUGCUGUUAGCCUUAAAAGUGGAAUGAAUGUUACUAGUUCAUACCAAGAGUUUAAUCUCUCGUUUUACCUCAGCAUUUAUUCAGGUUUGACAGCAGCAGCUGUGGUCUUUGGUUUUGCCAGGAGUUUGGUGAUAUUUCAUGGGCUGGUGAGAUCAGCUCAGACUCUUCACAACAGCAUGUUUAGUGCUGUGCUCCACACUCCUGUUAGCUUCUUUGAUGUCAACCCCAUAGGAAGAAUACUCAACAGGUUUUCCAAAGAUGUCAGCCAAAUGGACUCCGUGCUACCUAUCACCUUUGUGGACUUCUAUCAAUUAUUUUUACAGAAUGUUGGCGUUAUCGCGGUGGCAGCCUCAGUUAUUCCUCUCAUCCUCAUCCCUGUUGUGCCUCUCCUGUUAAUCUUUCUGUAUUUGAGGAGCUUGUACCUUCGUACCUCACGUGAUAUCAAACGCCUUGAGUCAACAACUCGGAGUCCAGUUCUCUCACACCUGUCCUCUUCCCUUAAUGGUCUUUCUACAAUCAGAGCUUCCAGAUCAGAAGAGAAGUUAAAGAAAGACUUUGAUGCCCAUCAGGACCUUCACUCAGAGGCCUGGUUUUUGUUCCUGAUGACCUCCCGCUGGUUUGCACUACGCCUCGACAGCAUUUGCUCCAUAUUUAUUACCCUCACAGCAUUUGGCUUGAUAUUACUCAGAGAUGGGCUGGUGGCUGGAGAGGUAGGCCUGGUUCUUACCUAUGCUGUGACACUGAUGGGAAACUUCCAGUGGACAGUGAGACAAAGUGCCGAGGUGGAGAACAUGAUGACAUCAGUGGAGAGGGUGGUGGAGUACACUGAGCUAAAGAGUGAAGGGCCCUGGGAAACUCAGCAGCAUCCUCCCUCUGAUUGGCUGAGCCAAGGAAUGAUAACCUUUGAUCGAGUGAACUUCUUCUACGACACAGACGGACCGCCGGUCCUCAAAGAGAUUAGUGCCACGUUUCAUGCCAAAGAGAAGGUCGGUAUUGUGGGUAGAACAGGAGCGGGGAAAAGCUCUCUGGUCUCGGCUAUUUUCCGCCUGGCAGAGCCCCAGGGGAAGAUCUACAUCGAUGGUGUUGUGACCUCUGAGAUCGGCCUCCAUGACCUGCGCCAGAAGAUUUCCAUCAUUCCUCAGGACCCAGUUCUGUUUACUGGCACUGUGAGGACAAACCUGGACCCUUUUAACCAGCAUAGAGAUGAAGACCUGUGGAAAGCUCUGGAAGAGGUACAGCUGAAGUCUGUGGUGGAGGAGCUCCCUGGAAAGUUGGAGGCUGUCUUGGCUGAGUCGGGCUCCAACUUCAGUGUGGGUCAGAGGCAGCUGGUGUGUCUAGCCAGAGCCAUCCUGAGGAAGAACCGCAUCCUCAUCAUCGAUGAAGCCACAGCUAACGUGGACCUGAGGACAGACGAGCUGAUCCAGAAAACCAUACGAGACAAGUUCAAAGAAUGCACAGUGAUCACUAUCGCGCAUCGCCUCAACACCAUUAUAGACAGUGACCGCAUACUUGUUCUGGAGAGUGGGACCAUCCAGGAAUUCGACCACCCCUUUACCCUGCUGCAAAACAAAGAAGGUGCUCUCUACAGGAUGGUGCAACAGAUGGGCCAGGCUGAGUCAGCAUCUCUACUGGAGUCAGCUAGACAGGCAGCACAGAGGUCCUGAAAGUCUGUGGCCAGUGAAGCGUGACUGUUGUGCCUAAGAACUGGAAGCCUUCUACCACUUUGCUAACUUGUACACUUGGAUCCUAGAACAGUAGAACCACCGUGGGUUUAAAUUGGACGCCCUUGGUAUUUUUAAAUAAAUGUCUAACUACUAAAAGAAAUCACUGCCGUCUCUGAUCCAUGGCUUACACCUAAAUGAAAAAACACAACAAUGAUCAUUACAAAUGAUAAGGAUCAUUUAUACCACGAACCUUCCAGGGGUUAUAUUUACCCCUUUUUUUGAAAUGCUGAGCUCUACAAUUGUGCUACACUUGGUUGCCUUGCAGUGCUUAUUGGUUACAUAUUUUAAUAACCACUCUCCUAUCCGAUGACCCAUAGCUAAGAGGAUUAGCUGACAACACAAACAGAUAGGAAGCUAGAGUUCUAUAGAAAGAUUAAUAUUUAUUGCAGAAUUUAAAGGGGUUGGGAUAUUGAGGGAACAGGGAGCAGGUCAGAAAGGUUGACUGGGCAGGUUGCUGCCUAUGCAAACCAGAUAAAGCUGAAUCUUAAAUGUCCAGGAGUCCAGGGCUGAAAACUGGGGCUGGAGCAGACUGUGUGGUGGAUCAUCCAGAGCUUAUGUCUUUUUAGUAGUCUUGACUAUAGGAUGGGAUGAUGGUGGGGCUCUACUCCAACUGACUCUUUAUUGUGCUUAGUUGACAGUGUUGUCUUCUGCUACUCUAUAGUUCAAGGUUCACUAUCUUGGUGUCAGGUUUCCAUUUAGCAGCAGUAAUAAUGUAGUAGCCACAAUGGCCCUGCUGUGGUGAAAGAGUUUAGGUAUACUUACAACAGUCUAUGUAAAUUCUGGAAGUAAAUGCCUAAAUUUAUAUCUAGCUACUGGCUCUAACACGAAUUCUCUCCUUUGAAGUAACCAGUGAAUUUUCC